GAAAAUCUUACCUUGUAGAAGAAACUCUACUCUUCUCUAAAUAUUCUUUUUUAUUUAAUCAGUUUCUAUCUUUUUCACCAAAUCCAACUCUCGCUGUCGAUUCUUAAGCUCGAUCUGCACCGAAGUCAAAUUUCGAAGAAAAAAAAUUAGCGCAAAAGAAAAAUGAGAGAUCUUCGUUCUCUUCGUCUUGAUCUGAAGUUUCUAGGGUUUUCUCUAGGGUUUCUACUGCUAUUUUGCUCCACUCACUGUGUCCGAGCUUCGAUCCAUGAGUAUUCGAGUGGAGCUUUCUUCCCUCGCUCGAAUUCCUUCUUCUUUCAUGGCGGGAGCGAGGGUUUGUAUGCGUCCGAGGUCAAUGUUAGCUCCCCUUCAUCCGAUGGCAAAUCGUUCAUCAGGUUUGAGUCUGUGACCUUUCGGCGGACAAAGGAGUCAGCAUCAAAGCAUCACGAUAUGCAACAAAAGACUGGAUUGGUGGAAGCUAUAAUAGUUGAAAUACAAGACAGAGAAAGAAUUGGCGGCACAUAUUUUAACUCUGAGUUUAUUUGCUGUACACCUGAACUUUACAAAGAGAAAACCUGUAAGGUGGGAGAGGUAAUUAUUCACCAAAAUUCAGAUAACCCUGAGUGGCCAAAACGUCUUCAAACAUUUUUUGAUGGAAAAAAUGAGGAAGUCACUAUGGCAACUACGACUGUUUUCAUAGAAAAAACUGGAAUGUACUAUCUUUAUUUCAUGUUUUGUGAUCCACAACUUAAGGGCACAGUAAUCAAAGGUAGAACUGUUUGGAGAAACCCAGAAGGUUAUCUACCUGGAAAGAUGUCACCAUUAAUGACAUUCUAUGGUCUUAUGUCACUGGCAUAUCUUGUGCUUGGUCUUGGAUGGUUUCUCCGAUUUGUGCGAUUUUGGAAAGAUAUCUUGCAGCUUCACUACCACAUAACAGCUGUCAUUGCUCUAGGGAUGUGCGAAAUGGCGUUUUGGUACUUUGAGUAUGCAAAUUUUAAUUCUACCGGAGCUAGACCUAUGGGUAUCACUCUAUGGGCAGUGACUUUUACAGCUGUGAAGAAGACUGUAUCCCGCCUUCUACUUUUAGUGGUUUCAAUGGGUUAUGGUGUGGUUCGACCAACAUUGGGUGGGAUAAGUUCCAAAGUUGCUCUGCUUGGUGUGGUAUACUUUGUUGCGUCAGAAGCCCUUGAACUUGUUGAGCACUUGGGAAAUAUCAAUGAUUUUUCUGGAAAAGCCCGACUCUUUCUGGUUCUGCCUGUUGCUAUCUUGGAUGCAUCCUUUAUUAUUUGGAUAUUUUCAUCUCUGUCAAAAACUUUAGAGAAACUCCAGUUACGGAGAAGUGUGGUCAAACUUGACUUGUACCGAAAAUUCACCAAUUCCCUGGCGGUGUCUGUCCUUCUCUCUGUUGCUUGGAUUGGCUAUGAGCUGUACUUCAAUGCAACUGACCCAUUAAGUGAGCUUUGGCAAAGGGCUUGGAUCAUCCCGGCAUUUUGGAACACUCUGUCCUACCUUCUUUUAGCAGUUAUCUGCAUUCUCUGGAGCCCAUCACAGAACCCAACUAGAUAUGCAUACUCAGAAGAAACUGGCGAUGACUUUGAUGAAGGAGUUGCUCUCACUGGCACUGGUGCCAAGGGAACAGGGGACUUGGUGAACAAGCUGGAAAGAAAGGAAAGGAAGACUACAGAGCAUGUAUUUGGGCUUGGAGACGACCUUGAAGAGGACAAACGUGAAUGAUAAGUUCUUUGCAAAAUGGACUUGUAGCUGGGUGUGUGAUUCUGGAAUGUGUUGGUUUACUGUCAGGAGCUUGUAAUUAGCUACACUGAGAUGUAUCAGCAGAAAAUCUCAGAUGAUUGAACGAUGAUCUUUAUAUACUCUACUCCCAACCAUGGAUAGGAUUGUUCAUUUGGCAGUCGAGGUUGGGAGAGAUGAGUUUUAAAAUGAUGUUCUGAAAAUCAAAGAAGCAUAAUCAGCAUGCUGCAUGACUUGUAUAAUUCAAAUGUACUUGUGACCAAGAGAUAGGAGAAUAGUAAUAUUGUUUAAUAAAAUUAUCGCUCUGCUCAAUGACAUUAUGAAUCUUGAGAAGGGAAUAUAGUGAUACUAACCCCAUUGCAGUAUCA